UACAGGAAGACAAUAUAAUUCUUUUCAUAAGCUAUCAACAGAUAGCUCUGAGACCUAUUCAUAUAUGCAUGACCACACAGGAACCCGUCUAGGUAUCUCUGCCAGACUUCAAGAGCUUUAACCAUCACGAGUGAGCGAGCGAGGUGCUGUUUUCAUUGAAGUUGGAUCUAUCAUUCAAUUAAAACUAUUUUUGCUCUGAAGGAGGUUUAUUAUUCACGACCCACUCUGUGUCCAGCUUAGGCAUGGAUCGACUGUGCAGUAUAAUAGUUGUUCUUUUACUCACAAGACCUUUGAUCAGUAGUACAAGUCAAGAGGAAUUUAAAGUCUAUUCGGAACCCAAGCACAUCCAAGUUUGUGAAGGAGACUCAGUCACAUUCAACUGUUUUUUUCAGCCAGGUGGAAAACAUAAGGUGAGCUGGUACUAUAGCCAGACACCUAAUUUAGGCUGUGACUCUCUAACUGACAAGAUACCUGAAGAACAGCAUUUUUAUACACAAAAGAAUGACAUUUGUGCAACACUCAACAUUAAUUCCAUCAAGACCAAUGAGAGCGGAUGGUACUUCUGCAAGGUUACAAAAGAUAUUCCUUUUCUCGAAAACAAAUGCAGUGAUGGCAUACAAGUUCUGGUUGAUACCAACAGCACCCAGGAAUAUCCAAAACAGACACAGACUCUGACGCAAAAUCUAACUACACAAGAUUCACCCACAACUUGCUUGAUCAGUGCCACAACAAUCCCCACAACAUCCUCCACACCACCGUACAGCAUUGCUCAGUGGCGGAUAUGGCUAGCGUUGGCAGUUGGAUGUGUAGUACUAGUUGUGUUAAUCGUUGUCAUAUGCAUCUUGACUCGCAAACCUAAAGAGAUCAUCUAUGAGAACACUAAACCAGUGGAAUCGAGCUGCUGGAGGCAAAACCGGACUAAGAUGGAAAUCUGCGACCUGCCUAAGUCCCAAAAAACUGACACCAUUAAACCGCUGAGGAAGUAUGACACUCUUUCAAGCAACAGAAUCCACCGGCCAUAACUAUUCCAUAUGAAAGAAUUAUCCCCUGAAAACACAUUAAAUAUCUUAUAUUAAAUGUCUUACCAUGGAAACAUAUUUAAUUUUGUAAUGUAGCACUGUAAUGUAGCAUGG